AUGCCAAAAACACAUUCUGCUCAGAUUCUUGCCAGUACUUCAAGUAGAGGGUACUCUGGAGGCUCAGGCAGUAAUAGUGGAAACUUUUUUACCCGAUUCCUUCGGGAGGAAAUUUUUGCUCAAGACAAACGACAGGGAAAUAUUGAUAUUUUGGUUUCUAUUGGAGUAUUUGGAGCAGCCAUUGCUUUUAUACAAAAUUAUGCAGAGGAAUUAAAAGGGUUGAAUCAAAGAUGUCUUUUAUAUUCCAUGAACAAGAUAAAGCAAAAUUCAUCAUAA